GCGACAACUCAGACGCGACCUACCUUCUACGGCAACAUCGCCAUUCAGAUACUAUGCUGUUUAAGCAUGCGUUUUGCACGACGCGUCUCGGACGGCUGAUUCUAUCGCCACAUCUAUCUCUUGCCCCGCGGUCGGCCAACAAAACCUUACUAAGCUCGUUCUCGAGCUUGACGCGACCUCGCGCGAAACCACGUGCAAUACCGUUCACAGGUGCAGCAUGGAAUCGAGAACUGCAGCGUCGAGGCGCGAAGAGGAAAGCUACUAUCAAUCUUGAUGAUAUGCCGCAGGGUGUCAUUGGAGACGAUGCACUACCACCUCAGAACGAUGCUGAACCGGAAUACCCUCCCCUGCUGCAGCAGGUUCGAAACAACAUGCUCAAAUUUAAUCAUUGCGUCUUAGUGACCAGAGUCGGUGGUUUCUAUGAGCUAUACUUCGAACACGCUGACGAGUAUGCACCGUUAUUGAAUCUGAAGAAAGCCAAACGAAAGUCUUCCAAAGGCAGCAAGAAGCCUGCUGUAUCAAUGGCCGGAUUCCCUGCGUAUCAGCUCGACCGCUAUCUGAAGAUUCUUGUCCAGGAUUUGAACAAGCAUGUUGCAAUAUGUGACGAGUUCAUUAACGAAGCACCCAACAGAGCAAAGGGUGAGCUACAGUAUACCCGGCGAGUAUCUCGCAUCAUCACACCUGGGACCUUGAUAGAUGAACAUUUCAUGGACCCAUGGGAGAACAACUAUCUCCUCAGCAUUCACGUUAAUCCUAAGACGCUCGAGAAAGACAAGGCUGUCGUCAAGAGUCCAGGAAGCUCCAACGUAGCUUCGGUGCUCAAUCUGCCUCGCACAGAGGUUGGUCUGGCAUGGAUUGAUCUAUCCAGUGGUGAUUUCUUGACGCAGAGUACCGACAUUGCAUCGUUACCUACUGCUGUUGCUCGCAUCAAGCCCAGAGAAAUUGUGCUCGAUAGCAUCUUUGAGGAGGCGGAACACUCACGUAUAGUCUCCAUACUGCAAGAAGACGGACACAUCAUAACGUUCCAAGAGCCCUCAAAGGAGCCACUUACUGUCAAAGACUGGGUACCUAUGCUAGAGGAUGUGGUCGAUGAAUUUGACCCUGAAAAUUUCACACCUGGCGAGGUGGCUGCUGGCGGAUCAUUAUUGCACUAUGUCAAGCACCAACUCCUGGGUUCGCGAACACGGCUACAAGCCCCUGUGAGGCACCAAAGUGAAGACCACAUGAGCAUCGACAAGAAUAGCCUAAGAGCUCUAGAGAUCAGGAGUACGAUCCGUGAUGGUGCUUACGAAGGCAGCUUGCUGCACUCACUGAAGAACACCGUCACUAAGAGCGGCACACGCUUAUUGUCUCAACGCUUAUCCGCUCCCUCCAUGUCACUUUCAACGAUUAACGAUCGCCUCGACUUAGUUGAAGAAAUGAUUGAGUAUCCUCAGCUCAGACAAGACGUUAUAUCGCUCCUUGGACAGACCUUCGACUCUCUUCGCUUGGUAACUAAGUUUACCUACGGCCGUGGCGAUGCCGAUGACCUGAUGGAGCUUUCGAAAACAAUCGCUACCACGUCCGAUCUCUUCAACGUCGUACGUGAACAUACAACAUCAAGAAACGCAAUUGUGGUGGACCCAAACAGCAAAUCCUCGGAAACGCGUCGCAGGCAGUGCAUGUCUGCACUAGAGCGAAGAUUCGACCUCGAGGGUGUACGAGAGCUUUCGGAGCGUAUACAAGACGCGAUCGAUGAAGAUGCACUAUCUGAGUACCAUCGUGCCGAAGACGAGCGAGCGGAAGAGAUGUCCGAGUUGGCCCAAGAUGUCCUGGGUCGUGAAGCAGGCGAAGAGGAUCUCAAGAACAUGCCAAAGCGCAUACAACCGAAGCCCCACGCAAUCUCGGGUAGUCAUAAGAGCGCGACGGACGGACGUGAGGAUAUAUGGAUCAUGAAGCGUAAAGCAAGUCCGGCGUUGAGUAGACUACACAAGUUCUUAGACUCCAUGGGCGACACUAAAACAGAACUCGAGUUGAGCCUACGCCACCAAAUGGACGCCUCCAGUCUGACGCUUAAGUGGACACCAAACCUCGCACAUAUCGCUCAUGUAAAGGGUAAGGAUGUUUCCCGCGUUACAUCAAAUUAUCCAAAGAGCCUUAGCAGCAGCAAGUCUACACGUUCUUUCCAGAUCCCUGAAUGGACACAGCUUGGUGCCCAGAUGGACGAGACUCGGUUCCGGAUUCGUAAUGAAGAACAACGAGUAUUGGGAGAACUACGUGAAGGAGUCGUCCGAAACCUCGUUAGGCUUCGACGUAACGCAGCUGUGCUCGAUGAGCUUGACGUCGCGUGCGCCUUCGCUCUUCUUGCAGUUGAGAAGAGCUUCAUCAGACCCAUCAUCACUUCGGGAACAUUGCACAACAUCAUUGGAGGCCGACAUCCAGUUGUCGACAAUAGCAUUGGCGACCAAGGCCGCAAGUUCACACCCAACGACUGCAUUCUUGAUGAUAAAGAACGCAUUUGGCUCAUCACCGGCCCGAACAUGGCAGGCAAGAGCACAUACCUUCGACAGAAUGCUCUGAUAUCGAUUCUUGCCCAAACGGGAUCGUUCGUGCCAGCCGAGUAUGCGGAAAUUGGACUCGUGGAUAAAGUUUUCAGCCGCGUUGGUUCAGCUGAUAAUCUUUUCCUCGAUCAGUCGACCUUCAUGGUGGAGAUGCUAGAGACUGCACAGAUUCUCAAAGAAGCCACACCGCGUUCGUUUGUCAUCAUGGACGAGGUUGGUCGAGGCACUACACCUGAAGACGGCAUUGCGGUCGGCUACGCCUGCUUGCAUCAUCUGUACCACGUCAACCAGUGUCGAACACUAUUUGCGACCCACUUUCACGCUCUCACCGAUAUGACCAAAGAGUUCGACAAUCUUGCGUGUUACUGUAACGAUGUCCGUGAGGAGCCAGACGGCAAGUUCUCGUACGUCCAUCGCCUGAAGAAAGGUGUUAAUCGCGAAAGCCAUGCCUUGAAGGUCGCACGAGUUGCAGGUCUUCCCGAAACCGCCAUCGCAGUUGCCGAUGGGAUUCGUAAAAAGCUGAAGCUCAAGUCAUCGAAACCAACAUCGAUUGGAGAUACUGCCUAGGUUUUAUCAACCUACGCAAGAAUGAUUGCUCUCUUGUCGUGAGCCUUCAAGCAUCUCCUUGCUCACUCUGUACAACACAUACUGCAUCCAGGACAUCCUGCAUAAUCAUUCGAUGAGGCCUUCUGUAUGCUUCCAGGUCCUCCAUGUACAAUAUAUUGCUGCACGCGCAGUGCCCGUGCCCCAGACAUAUACCCCCCAAUCAAUUACACUGCUUUUCAUUAUAGUUACACAAAUGUCCAAAUUUAUCAUGCUCUGCAUGCUUUGGAUGGUACAAGCACCUACCGAAC